GGUGGCGCUGGGAGAAUUUGAGAGAGCUCCCCCGGGAAUGGGGUCGGAGGAAUGAAUUGUGUUCUUCGUCUUCUUCUUCUUCUCUUCGAUCCAUAGACGGAUACGGAAGAUCUUGCAAGAGCUUCAAUUCCAUGAAGAACAAAGGGGCGAAGUCAGAUGAGGGAGACAAAUGCGACGACGGUGAUUUAGAGGUGGAGGAAUGCGAUAUGGAGGUCUGGAAUAUGCUUAGGAAGAGCUUCCCUCAGGUGCAGUCCGUAUUGGAACAUAAUCGUUUGUUAAUCCAGCAGGUGAACGAGAAUCAGCAGUCUAGGAUCUCCAAUAAUCUGGUCAACAACAUCUCGUUGAUCCAUGAAAUUAACGAGGCGUUGUGUUACGGAGUGAAGUCCGGUGAAAACAAUGGAGGCAGAGGAAUUCACGAGUAAAGGCAGACGGUGGAAACUAAGGCAGCGAUUCUCAGUAAUUCUGUUUUUCCUUGCCUUGACGUAAUACUAUGUUCGAGACUUUUGAAAAG